UUCAAAGACUUGUCAAGUCCGUGUCAAGAGAAAUCUUUUAAAAUGUAUAGAGUUGUCUUGUAAAGUUUGCGUAAUUUAACUAUUAUAUUUUUGUUGAAAUGUUCCUUUUACUCAAACACGCAGUUCCGCAGUUAGCGGUAGCGAGCCGCGUAAGAAAACAGAAUGCCUUCUGUGCUUACGGCAUUUUUCAUUCCGCUGUGAAGUACGUCAGCACGCAGGAGCCGCCAGAAGCAGCUGGUAAGGGUGUUCCUUGCAAACAGUUCACAACGAUCGGGAAGAUAUUGAACACCACCGCGCACAAACGUGUCGGGUUUGGCGAAAAAAUAAGCAUCGUGGGUCUAGACGAUAUUGGCACUGCUAUCGUGUACACUCUACUGGCUAAGGAAAUCACGCAAAACAUAUGUAUGAUUGACAUGAACGAAGAAAUACUUGAGGGUGAACAUUUAGAUCUUCAGUCUAGCGCAAUGUUUCUGAAAAAUCCAAAGAUAAUUUCCAGCAAAGAUCCUGCGGACACCCGCGAUUCUAAAAUAUGCGUCAUCACCACGGGGACGUACAAGGGGCGAGACGAAGAUGACAUGGACUACAUCGCUCGGAAUGCGGGCAUCGUGAGGGCUAUUGUGGCGCCGCUGGCAAAAUAUAGUCCCAAUGCAAUCUUCUUAGUAGCGAGUGAACCAGUCGAUAUCCUCAGCUACGUGACGUGGAAGCUGCUCGGUAUACCGAAGAACCGGAUAAUCGGCACCGGCACCUUGAUGGACACGGCGCGGUUCCGAUUCCUGCUGGGCGAAAAAUUCGGCGUCUUGCCGGAGUGCUGCCACGCGUACAUCAUCGGCCAGCACGGACCGCAUUACAGCGUGCCCGUGUGGUCCAGCGCGAACAUCGGCGGCGUGCUGCUGAAGGACAUGAACCCCCUCAUCGGCACGGACAAGGACCCCGAGUGCUGGUUCGAGCUGUACGAAGACGCAGUGAAGGCCGAGGGGCUGGUGCGGCAGCUCAAGGGUUGCGCCUCGUGGUCGCUGGCCCUAGGCGUGGCGAAUGUAUGCAAAAGUAUACUUACCAAUGCCAAUAAAGUGCUCCCUGUGUCCACUUACGUCAAGGGCGAACACGCGAUAAAAGACGAAGUGUUCCUCUCCCUGCCAUGCGUGGUGGGCUCGAAUGGAAUCACAGACGUGAUCCGGCAGAACCUGAACGACAAUGAAGCAGUGGUGUUGCGCCGCGGCGCUGAGAACACGGCCGACCUGCAGGCUGCCGCCAACAAGAUCAUAGCGUGAUGUCCCGAGCGAGUCCUGCGAGGCUGCACACGAUCCACAGCGCCACGGCGCCACGGUGGUGUUGUCAUGUUGUGUGUAGACUGUGUGUUCGGUAGCGGGUAUGUAGGAGCCAUAGGUAAUUACUGUAGCUGCCAUGCGGUUAUAUGACUCUUUUUGAAGUGGUUUUCUCUGUUAUUUACUUAAUUUUAUUUAAACAUGUUUGUGUUCUUAAUAAAAUUUAUUUUUUA